CCAAGCUUUCGCUUUCAUUAUCCGGGGAAGAUUGUGAUAAAAGAUGGUAUAAAUCUAGUAAAUUAUAUGAUCCCUUGUGCAAUGUCGACGGCUUCGAUCAACGGCUGGUGCCUCACCUCCACCUCUUCAGCUCUCAGGAGAGCCACACUGCGGCCUCCCACUUUCGCCAGGCUUAACUCUUCUGUUUCUCCUCCUACCCUUAUCAGGAACCAGCCUGUUUUUGCUGCCCCUGCUCCUUUGCUCGUCCCUUCUAACUGGAACGAAGAGAUGGGGAGCAAGUCGUACGAGGAGGCCAUUGAAGCUCUAAAGAAACUGAUGAGUGAGAAGGGAGAAUUGAAAGCUUCAGCGGCAGCCAAGGUAGACCAAAUAACAGCUGAGUUGAAGACAGCAUCAUCUGAUGGCAAACCAUCUGAUGCCUCUGUUGAGAGGUUGAAAGAAGGAUUCAUCUACUUCAAGAGAGAAAAAUACGAAAAGAAUCCUGCUUUAUAUGCUGAGCUUGCCAAGGGUCAAAGCCCAAAGUAUAUGAUUGUUGCCUGCUCAGACUCCAGGGUGUGCCCAUCCCAUGUGCUGGACAUGCAACCAGGGGAAGCUUUUGUCGUCCGUAAUGUUGCCAAUAUGGUGCCACCAUAUGAUCAGACUAGAUAUUCUGGAAUUGGAGCUGCCGUCGAGUAUGCAGUUUUGCAUCUCAAGGUGCAAGAAAUCGUGGUAAUUGGGCACAGCGCCUGCGGUGGGAUCAAGGGGCUUAUGUCUUUCCCUUAUGAUGGAACCACCUCUACUGAUUUCAUAGAAGAUUGGGUCAAGAUUGGAAUGCCUGCUAAGACCAAGGUGCUAGCAGAUAAUCGUGGGGAACCACUGGGAGUUCAAUGUACAUGCUGUGAGAAGGAAGCAGUGAAUGUAUCCCUUGGAAACCUGCUAAGUUAUCCAUUUGUGAGAACUGGGUUGGUGAACAAAACUCUGGCACUGAAGGGUGGUUACUACGAUUUCAUUAAAGGAACUUUCGAGCUUUGGAGUCUUCAGUUUGCCCUUUCUGCACCUCUCUCCGUAAAAGAUGUCGCCACGAUACUACAUUGGAAGCUCUACUAGGGACAUGCUUAGAGGUCAUCCCUGCAAAGAUGAGGCUCUGAUCCUUCAUUUUCUCACAUUAUAAUAUGAACUGAGUUUUGUAGACAAGAGACAUUUUUCAAGAACUGGGGUCCUUCCAACUAUUUUGAAUAAUGUUAGCC